AUAGGAUUUCAAAUUAAAAAGAAACAUUUUAAAGAAUUAACUUUAAAAAGAUCGUUUAUAAUUAGAAAUUGGAAAAUGACGCAUGCAACUAAUGGAUUGGAACAGCAGAUGUCGCAAAUGGACAUCAGUGCUGGAAGAGGUGGUGGACAAGCCCGUUUCAACUCAGCAGGCGGUUAUGUACCUCCACACAUGAGGAAUCAAGCCAUGGGAAGAGGAGGACCCCCUCAAGUCUUGCAUGGACCUCCACCAUCUUACGGAGGAGCUCCUAUGACUGGCCCAAAUGGAGAAGUUCGAUAUGGUCACUUGAUGCCUGGACCUCCACCAGGUUCGAUGCCCCCUGGUAGUUAUGGAGCCCCCCCUCAACGCGGUGGUUAUCAAAACGGUGUUAUGCGUGAUCGCAACGGGCCUCCCAACCGCUACAAUGACAGAGGACCAUACAGGCCACCACACCAACAGUACAUGGGUUAUGGUGGAGGUUACAACGACCGAGGACGUGGUGGUUACAAUGACCGUGGAUACAAUGACAGAAGAGGUUUCUGGGAUGGACAACAACAGCAACAACCACAAGUUGCCGAUAGAUGGGCAAGGUUGGACGAUGGCAUGAAUAGUGGAAGGUAUGGCCAGCCACGUGAAGGCGACGACAGGCUCGCAAAGAAAUGGGAUGAAAGACAAGGUGGAGGCGAUGCUUUCACGGAUACUGUAGAUUGGAGCAAACCACUUCCACGUGAUGAGAAUUUAGAGAGGAACUUGUUCUCUGGUUCAAACACUGGCAUCAACUUCGACAAAUACGAAGAUAUUCCUGUAGAAGCAACAGGAGAUGACGUCCCUGAACAUAUUGAAAAUUUCAAACAAGCUGAACUUGGAGAAAUUGUGGACGACAAUCUGGAAUCAUGCAAGUACACAGUACCCACACCUGUGCAGAAAUAUGCCAUUCCUAUCAUUCAAAGCAAACGUGACUUGAUGGCAUGUGCUCAAACUGGUUCUGGCAAAACAGCAGCAUUUUUGCUCCCAACGCUUUCUCAGUUGUACACAAAGGGACCAGGUGAAUCACUGAAAGCAACAACUUCACAUCAACGUGGACGACGAAAGCUUUUCCCACUUGCUCUUGUUCUCUCACCAACCAGAGAACUUGCAUCACAGAUUUAUGACGAGGCACGAAAGUUCGCUUAUCGCUCCCAUGUUCGACCAUGCGUGGUGUAUGGUGGUGCGGAUGUUGGAGCACAGAUGAGGGAUCUUGAUCGUGGAUGUCACAUCCUUGUCGCUACUCCUGGAAGACUUGUGGAUUUCAUCGAAAGAGGAAAAGUUGGUCUCUGCUAUAUCAGGUUUGUGAUUUUGGAUGAAGCAGACAGGAUGUUGGACAUGGGGUUCGAACCACAGAUCAGAAGAAUUGUUGAGCAGAGUGACAUGACACAUAAAGGCGAGCGUCAAACACUGAUGUUCAGCGCCACAUUCCCGAAGGAGAUUCAGAUCCUCGCUCGUGAUUUCCUUAACAACUACAUCUUCCUCGCUGUUGGAAGAGUUGGAUCCACCUCCACCAACAUCACACAGAAGGUCGUCUGGGUAGAUGAAGAGGAAAAGCAUAAAUUUCUUCUUGAUCUCGUCAAUGCCACAGAUUCAAAAUCACUGACUUUGAUUUUCACCGAAACAAAGAAAGGAGCCGAUGCUUUGGAUGAAUUUCUUUACACAAGGAAGUACAAAUCCACCAGUAUCCACGGUGACCGAACACAGCGUGAAAGAGAAGAAGCUUUGUUGGCUUUCAGGACAGGAGAAUAUCCCAUUCUUGUGGCAACUGCUGUUGCAGCUCGUGGUUUGGACAUCCCAAACGUGCGUCAUGUGAUCAACUUUGAUCUUCCAAGUGAUGUGGAUGAAUAUGUUCAUCGGAUCGGAAGAACUGGUCGUGUCGGCAACAUCGGUCUUGCCACUUCCUUUUUCAACAACAAGAACGUGAACAUUGUUAAAGAUCUAGUUGAUCUUUUAAUCGAGGCUUCACAAGAAGUCCCACCAUGGCUGGAAAACAUGGCCCUCACAUACCAGAAGGGAAAACCACGCAGCUCUGGCAAGCGAUUCUCCGCUGGCUUUGGCUCUCGGGAUUACCGACAACAGCAAAACCGUGGAGGCAGCAGAGGAGGAGGCAAUGCUGGAAGAGGAUCCCAGAUCCAGAACCGUGGUACCCAAGGUGGUGGUUGGGGAAUGCCAGCAUUCUACCGUGGUAACGAUUACGGUGGUUCGUUCGGCAACACUGGUGGAUCCGGUCCAGACUGGUUUGGUGGCAACUAAAAAUUUCUCAAAACCAGUAACGAUGUAAAUUUUCCUUUCUAAACAAAAAAUCCAUGACCACAUGUUAUGCGGCCAUGUAUUUUGUCUGUGCUAAAAUGGUAUUUAAAACAGAACUCUUUUUUUUUUGGUUUAUUCUUUUCAACCAGCUACAACACCCCUGUUACUACCUGUAUAUAUUUUCCCAACCAAUUUUUCCAGUAGCUGCUUUUCUGUACAGAAGCUUGCCAGGAGCUGCCUGCGUGGCAGUUUCCUUGUAUUGUACAUAGUUCUGACUCCGCUCCAGCUACUACUAAUAUCUCACGCCAUUCAGCUGUUCACCCUUCACAUAACUUAUUAGUGCUAGUCAUAGAACUUAUUUGCAAUUCUGGCCACACUUUUUCUGUGAACCACAUAUACACCACAUGACUGUGCCUUGGUUCCAGCGUGCUGCCCCGCGCGCUGCUGUGCGCAUUUCACACACUUUCCAAGCCACCGGCUAUACCCUCCCUAUUUUAUCCUCUGUAUAUAAUGUUUCUUCAUAUUGUCAAUACUAGGCAAAGUCUAUUUACAAGAGUUUCGUGCAGUGAAUGGCGAGAUUGUGCAGCGCUAGUCGCGCUUUUCUAUGUGAAUGGCGAGAUUGUGCAGCGCUAGUCGCGCUUUUCUAUGUGGGUGGUAGUAAUUUUCCACCCGUGCUAGAAAGGCUGUGUCUGAAUGCAAGUUUAGAAACUUGUCCUUUGCGUGAACUCGCAAUCAAAGUGCUGCUCCCAGAAUUGGAUUCAUACCCAAAACUGCUGCUGUUUUUGCCUCUGUGUUGCCUCUCCUUAAAAAGCACAGUGCGUAGUAGGAACUUCUAUAGUGUAGUGUGUGUUGCCAUAUGUGCGUUGCAAUUGAGCUGCCCUGCGCUAUGAUUGCGUGGGGCUGUCUAUUAUUUUACCUGCCACUGUGUCCAGUAUGUUAUGCCCUCACUGUUUCUUUUUAUUACGUUUUUUAAAGCAUGCACAGCACAACAAAAUAAUUUGUUGUGUUAUGUUCUAGAAAGAAUUACAUUUUUUGCGUUGAAAUGAAAUCGUUUCAACGAAAACCUUCAUUUUUUAUUUUUUUCAUUUUCUUGUAUAUUUUUCCAUCAGAGUAAGAGUUUGAAUUGACAAUGCAAUUACUGGGCAUGACAUACGAGCGCACACUGGUAUGUGACGUCUUUGGCAGCUGGCUUGCCGGUUUUUAUGCACACUACAUGUACAUUUUUAGGUUUUAAAAUUUUUCCUAGUCUCCUGUUAAGUUGUUUUCAUUUUACGAGGCGUAUAUGACAAUCGUGCGAGAAAAUUACCCAAAGGCACUCCUGUGCAAUGAACUUGAAGCUAUUUUCUUCAUUGCCAUUUUCCCUACGCACGUUACGCAUGACUUAAACAACUUGAAACCAUAUUUUAGAUUUUACACCACCAUUUCAAUCACUGUGCUUUUGUAACUUAGAAAAUUUGUGGAUACGGUCAGAGGCAAAUUGAUAUCGGCAGCAAAUUGUUUUUGAGCAGCUCACGGUAUUGUUUCACUGCACGAAUAAUGAACAUUGUCUAGUUUUUCGGCCUCUAUCCGAUUUCUUAUGAGAGGCAUUCCUAAUUUGCUCGCUGAGCAGUCAUGUGGUUCUAUUUUACCAAAAAGUGGUUUGCAUCUGUUCACUUGCGCUGUUUAAGUGGUCGCAUUAGAAAUAAACAGAUUACAUUCAUUGAA